AAAAAAACACAAAAAGAUAGUAAACGUGUCGUCUUUGAGUGACAGAUGCUUCAGCCAACCAGCGGCCUGGGAACUCUGACGCAUAGCGCGACGGACGCGAGUUAUCAGCCAAUCAGCGCGCGGCACGCUGACACGUGCCAGUUUCGCGGCAAAAAAGAUUUGGCGCGUAAACUUCUGAGCAGGUUCCGAUCAGCUGGAACUAAAAAAAAAAAACAACAACACAACAACAACAGAAGCGAUUCCGGGAGCGGACCGCGCCUUUCUCCUGCUUCGAUGGAUUUAUGCGUUAAAUGAGCGAGAAUCUGGAUGUUAUUCGGAGUGAAUGACUAUACUUCCUGGAUGGAGUCAUCAAAAAGGACAAAAGCGGAGGAUAUUUUGGAUUAAAGUGUCAGAUUCGAACAGAAACUGUACUUGGUCUUUGUUCCGCAUCCAGCUCGGGUUAUAUCAUUAUAUUUACUUUGUUUACCAGUAUAUUUAAACGCUUAUAAUUUGUUUACCAGUGCUUAUGUAAAAACAAACUAUUUUACUUACAUCGUCAGUAAUUUGAGGAUUAAUAUUGAAUUGUUUCAUGUUCCAUGCACUUUAGAGAUUGAAAUUGCAUUGCUAUUUGUAUAUGAUUAUCUUUAUUUAUUAUGCACUGUGUGUGUUAUGCUUUUUAGCCGUUUUCAAAGCACUUCCUUAAAAUAACUAUAAACUGAAAAUGCAUGUAAACUAUAGCUAUGUUUCUAAACAGCAUGCAUGAUCUCAUUCUUAAGCUUUAUUAAUUUAAAUUUGUUUUUUUGUUCUGUAAACUGAAGUUGACCUACAUUCAGGCCUUGUUGUGGUUUGGGAGUCUCACCCUUGUAUUCAGUCUAGGCCUGUUUUUAACAUGUUGUUGAAUGUCAGAACGUGGCUUAUCCAGCUCUACUCUGUCCCACCCAUGGCUUAUUGAAAGGCAGUCGGUUUCCAUGCAUUGAAAGCCAUUAGGAUUGCAAAUAAACCCAGAGACUGAGUGACCCCUGCUGUUUUAGCCCGAUAUGUCUGAGAGUUUUAUAUCGGGCCAGACCUCGGAGGACCUGCUGGUGGAUUUUGAGUCUCUCCUGAACAGUGGCAGCAUCGAUCUCAGUGAAGAUCAUCAAAUUGUCAUCAUCUCCACACCUGGCACCGCCUCGGCCAGCAAUGCAAACGGCGAUAUCUUGCUGUUUGCCACCCCUCAUCACACCACCACUUCCACUACGACCCUUCCGGACCACCGGAGACCCACUUUGGGACGGCCUCCGGUGAAGAGGAAGUUGGAUUUGGACAGCGAUCAUCAGUACAUUUGCACAUCCCGACCUGCUUCACAUGGACCAGAACCUCCAGCCACACCCGCGCCUCCCAGAGGUAAAACAUUUGUUAAAAUAUCCCGCUACGACACGUCUCUGAAUCUGACCACCAAACGCUUCCUGGAUCUCCUGGCUCAGUCUCCAGACGGCGUGGUCGACCUGAACUGGGCGUCUCAGGUGCUGGACGUCCAGAAACGGCGCAUCUACGACAUCACCAACGUCCUGGAGGGCAUCCACCUGAUCUCCAAGAAGUCCAAGAACAACAUUCAGUGGCUGGGGAACCGUAUCGACGGGGCGUCCGUGGCCAGGUUUCAGACGCUACAGAGGGAGGUUUCCGAACUGACGGAGGCCGAGGAGAAACUCGACGAGCUCAUUAACAAAUGCAGCUUACAGCUACGACUCCUCACAGAAGACACGCACAACAAGAAGCUGGGGUACGUCAGAUGUCAGGACCUGCGUAACACGGUGAACCCGGCGGAUCAGAUCAUCAUGGUGAUUCGUGCUCCGCCGGAGACGCAGAUGCAGGUGUCUGAACCCACUGAGGGUUACCAGAUCUCACUAAAGAGCUCCAGAGGCCCAAUCGACGUGUUUCUGUGUCCGGAGGACAGUUCUGGGGUCUGCAGUCCCGUCACUGAUUGUAGUCCGGAGAAAUCGUCCGAUCUCGUCUCGCAGGAAGUGACAUCAUCAACACCGUCUACUCUCCCUAGCUCCUCCCCUUUGCCUCUGGGUGCUGACUCAGAAUCAUUUUUGGACUCGGACCCAUUUUCUGGCAUUUGUGCGAUGCCAGAUUUUGAUUUGUCUCCUUUGGACUCGUCGGACUUCCUCCUGGAGCGCGGCGGGGCGGGGGACGCCAUCGGUCUCCCGCUGGACGGUUUCAUCUGUCUGUCUCCGCCACACAACCAGGACUAUCACUUCGGCCUGGAGGAUCACGAGGGCGUCAGCGAGCUGUUCGACUGUGACUUCAGCGACCUCGGCCCUCUGGAGUUCUGACAGACGGAUCCCAGCAUCGGUUUCUCAGUCUGAACAGGAAACUGAUUCCACUUCGCUUUUGAAUUCAGAUUCGCUCGGAGGUCUCUGAGCACCGCCAUUUAAUUUAUUAAUAGAAACAAGUCACCUUUAAAGGAAUCGUUUACUAGAAAUGAGUGUUUGCUGAAAAUGUCCUCACCCUCAGGUGAUUCGAGUUUGUUUCUUCAUCAGAUUUGGAGAAAUGCAGCAUUGCAUCAGUGUCUCAUAAACU